AUGACCUCCAAUGCAGGCACAGGCUCUCCACUUGUGUUCUUCAAAAGAAGGGAAGCCAAGAUGAAGAGCUCUUUGUUGCUGUGCGUGGCCUUGGCCGUCUCCCUGGGGGUCAUCCUGGUAGCAGGUUAUCCACGGGAACCAGAGGACAAGGAGAACGUGCUGGUCAAUAACAAGUGUCAGUGUGUAACAGUCACCUCAAAGCUCAUCCCCUCCAAAGAAAAUCCUGAUGAAGAAGUUGUGGAAAGAAACAUACGCAUCCUAGUCCCCCUGAAGGCUCGAGAAAACAUCUCUGACCCCACAUCCCCACUCAGAACCAAGUUUGUCUACCGCAUGACUGAUCUCUGCAAAAACUGUGAGCCUGUAGAAACUGAGCUGGGUGGUAAGAUAUACCAGGUCCAGCCGGGCAACUCCUGCAGUGAACCUGAGACCUGCUACACCUACAACCGGGACAAGUGCUACACCACAACCCUCCCCUUCCUCCACCGCGGGGAGAUUCAAAAGGUGCCAGUAGCUCUGACACCAGCAUCCUGCUAUGCUGAUUAG